AUGCGGCUUCCGUAUUCAAGAACAAAAGAGGCUGGUAAGGGACUAACAGAAUCCUCGACCGCCAGCACGGGUCAAACGACGCCAACAGAGGUCGAAUUAGCUCGCGCGAAUGGAAGCGCGGACAUCAACACAGACGCUGCCCGGGACGAUCUUGCUCAGACAAACAGCGCUGGAAAGGACGUGGGCAUUAUACAGGACGAGAAAACUUCAGCCUUACAGCGAGUGAACACAAAUGCGACAACAUCCUCAGCUGGUGACGAUGAAGACACAACGAUGUACAAGACAGGCCUACCACUAUACUUGCUCACCUUUGGACUUGCGCUAGCCACCUUCGUUGUGGCCCUUGACAAUACCAUCAUUGCCACAGCGAUACCGAGGAUCACCACUGUUUUUGACAGUCUGAAUGAUGUUGGCUGGUACGGGUCGUCGUACUUACUCACCACCACGUCCUUACAGCCCAGUUUUGGCAAGAUAUACUCGUUCUUCAACAUCAAAUACACGUACAUAGGAGCAGUCUUCAUCUUUGAGGUCGGAUCUGUGAUAUGUGGUGCUGCUGUGAACAGUCGCAUGCUUAUCGUCGGUCGUGCUGUGGCUGGAGUUGGUGCUGCUGCUCUGUUCAGUGGAGGGAUGAUCAUUGUUGGUUAUAGUGUGCCUCUUCACAGAAGGCCGAUCUAUAUUGGCAUGCUGAGCAGUAUGUUUGGCAUUGCCUCUGUUAUUGGCCCUUUGUUAGGUGGCGCGUUCACAGAUCGAGUCAGUUGGAGAUGGUGCUUCUACAUCAACCUGCCUAUCGGAGCUAUUGCAAUAAUAGCUGUGUUCUUCUGCUUUCAGAACCCAGAGCGCAAGGAAAGCAAGCUAACCCUCAAGGAGAAGAUUGCGCAGAUCGAUAUUCUCGGAGCUUUGUUCCUGAUUUCAGCUAUUGUGUGCCUUCUGCUAGCACUCCAGUGGGGUGGGUCCGUCUAUCCAUGGUCCGACUCGAAGGUCUGGGGCUCUCUCCUCGGCUUUGGACUUCUACUCAUCAUCUUCAUCGGCAUUCAGAUCAAGCGAGGCGACAUGGCAACUCUUCCACCUCGAAUUGUCGUCAAGCAGCGGACAAUCCUCGCUUCUGCACUAUUUUCCACCUUUUUGGCAAUGGCCCUGUACACACACAUCUACUAUCUUCCAUUCUAUUUUCAGGCGGUCAAGGGCACGUCCGCAGAAGGAAGUGGCAUCAGAACCAUACCUUACCUAGUCAGCAACACGCUCGCAGCCAUCGUAGUAGGCGGUUCUGUGACGGUCAUGGGUUACUACGUUCCCUUUUUGUGGGUCGGAAGCGCAAUAUUCACCAUUGGCGCUGGCUUGAUCUACACUUUAAAGGUCCAAAGUAGCGCAGGUAUGUGGAUCGGCUAUCAAAUUCUGGCAGGCGCAGGAGCAGGUGCAUGUGUCCAAAUUCCGUUCAUUGCGGUUCAGGUUGUAUUGAACAAAAAAGACAUGCCGACUGGUAACGCGAUCGCGAUCUUCUUCAACAGCCUGGGUGGUGCACUGAGCAUCAGCAUCGCACAAAAUAUCUUCAGCAAUGCUCUGGUCAGUGAGAUACCGAAGCAUGCCCCUAGUAUGGACCCGCGGGUUGUUAUAGCAGCUGGUGCGACACAUAUUCGACAGGUUACACCACCGGAUGCAUUGGCGGGAGUACUGCAGGCGUACAACAACGCACUUACACAGUCUUAUAUUCUGCCUAUCGCCACGGCAGGACUAGCGUUUCUGUGCAGUUUCUUGUUCGAGUGGAAGAGUGUCAAGGGACAGAAGUUGGGCAUGGCAGCGGCUGCUUAG